AUGGCUGCGCUGCGGAGGCUCCUGUGGCCGCCGCCUCGGCUGCCGCCUCCGUGCUCGCCUCAUCAUCCCGCCCCUGGGCCGUGGGGGCGGCCUGCGGGGACAGCUCCGGGCCCUCCGGGCCGGCCCUUCUCCUGCCGGGAGGAGGACGAGGGGGCUGUGGCGGAGGCGGCUUGGAGGCGGCGGCGGCGCUGGCGGGAGCUCAGCUUCGCGGCCGCGGCCGGCGGGGGUCUAGUCGGCCUGGUAUGUUACCAGCUGUACGGGGACCCCAGAGCCGACUCCGCGCGGGCGCCGGGCCCCUGGCUCCCCUCGGAGAGCGCGGCCGCCGAGCCCGAGGACCCGCCCGGCGGCGGGGGGCUGUUUCCCAUCCCGGUCGCCGCUGCCAAGGAGACGGUUGCUGUUGGCAGAACAGAAGUCGAAGACCUGGACCUCUAUGCUACGUCUCGGGAAAGGCGAUUUCGUUUGUUUGCUUCUAUAGAAUGUGAAGGGCAGUUGUUCAUGACUCCGUAUGAUUUUAUUUUGGCUGUUACAACAGACGAGCCCAAAAUUGCUAAAACAUGGAAGUCACUUUCCAAACAGGAAUUAAAUCAAAUGCUAUCAGAAACACCACCAGUUUGGAAAGGAUCAUCAAAGCUAUUUCGAAAUCUUAAAGAAAAAGGUGUGAUUUCUUACACAGAGUAUCUUUUUCUUUUAUGUAUUUUAACAAAGCCACAUGCAGGGUUUAGAAUAGCUUUCAACAUGUUUGACACAGAUGGCAAUGAGAUGGUGGAUAAAAAGGAGUUUUUGGUGCUUCAGGAAAUAUUCAGGAAAAAAAAUGAAAAGAGAGAAACUAAAGGAGAUGAAGAAAAGCGUGCAAUGCUGCGUCUUCAACUUUAUGGAUACCAUUCUCCUACUAAUAGUGUACUUAAAACAGACGCUGAGGAACUCGUCUCCAGAAGCUACUGGGAUACACUGAGACGUAACACAAGCCAAGCACUCUUCUCAGACCUCGCAGAGCGUGCUGAUGACAUUACAAACUUAGUAACAGAUACUACACUUCUUGUACACUUUUUUGGGAAGAAAGGAAAAGCUGAGCUCAACUUUGAAGAUUUUUAUAGGUUCAUGGAUAACCUCCAAACAGAAGUUUUAGAAAUAGAAUUCCUUUCCUACUCUAAUGGGAUGAAUACUAUCAGUGAAGAAGACUUUGCUCAUAUUCUUUUACGAUAUACAAAUGUGGAAAAUACAUCAGUAUUUUUGGAAAAUGUGCGUUACAGUAUACCUGAAGAAAAGGGCAUUACAUUUGAUGAAUUCAGGUCAUUUUUCCAGUUUUUGAACAACCUAGAAGACUUUGCAAUAGCUCUGAAUAUGUAUAAUUUUGCAAGUCGUUCUAUAGGACAAGAUGAAUUUAAGCGUGCUGUCUAUGUAGCCACUGGCCUCAAACUUUCACCACAUUUAGUAAACACGGUCUUCAAGAUUUUUGACGUUGACAAAGAUGAUCAAUUAAGCUAUAAAGAAUUUAUUGGAAUUAUGAAAGACAGACUCCAUAGAGGAUUCCGGGGUUAUAAAACAGUUCAGAAGUAUCCCACUUUCAAAUCCUGUCUGAAGAAGGAACUUCAUAGUAGAUAA